CUGGAAAUUGAACACUUCUCAAUCACAACGCUGGGUGUUAUAUGAACAGAUGAAGAUCAUGGGCAGUGGGGCUAGUACCACCACAGAGAGGAGUUCACCCGCUGUUCAAGAUGACAGAAACAUCUCCAGAGCGUUAAGUCUUCGCCAUUUUCAUGGGGUCAUCAAGACCACUUUGGCAGAACUUCAUAGGCUCUACCUGAACCCAACAGGCAAAGUGUCUGAUGUUCUGAAUGACCUCACACAUCCCGAAUCCUACGAACUUGAACUUCUCAUCAGUGGAUGCAGUACUUCUGAAGCAAAGAGCAUUUCUUCUCAACUAGAGUAUGCUGUUGAAAACAUCAUAUAUGAAGUAACCGGGAUAAUGCCUCCAAAAGGUUUGUUGGGCACAAGCUACAAAUCGUCAGGGAUAUACGAACUGAUAAGGGAGGGCAACACGUUCCCUGAUGGGUAUUUUUUGCAGUGCGAACUGGAAAGACUACACUUCGAUGACAACAUGAGGACUGUUAACGUAGGGGAUGGAGAGGCGUUCAUGUUACUUAUAGGAAUGUUCAUCACUAGAGGCUUAAUAACCACGCUUCUCCUAAAGCCGGUGGAGUAUCGCCUGCUGUCCUUAGAGAGGUACACAGGACUGGCAGAGAGCAACCUCCGGGUCCUAGCCACAACUCUUCUGUACAUCGUCAGACAAGUAUCAGUCAUUCGGGGAAAAAGAAGCAUGCCUAUUCCUCUGGAACUACAACGAUUCUUGUUUUCUGACGAGGAGAUGCGGCCUGUAUAUGGAAGACUAACAAAAACGAUAAACUAUGGAGAGAGAUAUCUGAAAGACUGGGGAAUCGAAUAUAUAAAACGAUUGCGGAUUUCUCAGCAAUACGAAGUACAGUAUCGAUAGAUCGGAUUGCCCAUGGCAAUACUUUUAGAAAAUAUUCUUUUCAAUUGCUCCAAGUGCAUAAUUCUAUCGAAAUAUUUAAACUAUUGGUUAUUAUUUUUAAUUGUAUGGCAUUAUUUGUAUAUUAACGCACU